AUGGAUAAAAAGAAAAUCUCUACAAAUAAAAAUAGUUAGUUGUAAACGCCGAAGGAAGCUAAAACAGUUACUAAGAAAGCUACAAUAAGGACAUAAAGCGUUUCACCUUAAAUUAAGUUAUUUGCAAAGGAGUCAAUAAUUAAUACAUAUGCUGCAUUAGCUACACCAUCUCCUCAAAAAUCAUUGAAUCAAAAAGAAUUAGCGAAAAUUAAGAAAAAUGUUGUUAAUCAAUUAAAAAAUAAAAGCAGUUUAAUGGCCUCUGGCAUUGCGGUUGUGCUUUAAAAGCCAGUUUAAAAAUUAAGUUCCAAUAAUUUGUCUUCAGCAUCUUCAAAAGCAGAUUGCUUAAUUGAUAAUGGCAAAAAUAUGAAGAAUUUAUCUUCUUUCACAGAAGUGAAUGUUUGUUUAAAUACCUAAAACAAAGAAAAUAAUUGUCAGCAGAACGCAACGAAAGACAAAAAAGCAAAAAAGGAUAAAAAGACUGCAUUAAAAGAUCUUAAACCACUCAAUUUAGAAAAGGAAAAAGAACUUUUUUUCAAAAGCAACUUUACUUAUAAUCCGAAUUUCUUGUACUAGCUUUCUGAUAUAAAUUUAAACUACUCAGUUCCUCACACCAAAUAUUUUGAUCUGGCUUUGAAGAUAUUAAAUGAAGUAAUCAAAAUUUAUGGCUCUGAACAUAAAUUUAAUGAAGAAGAAGGAGGAUAGAUUAUUGACAUUCCCACAACAACAUCCUUUUUCGAAAAGUAUGUUAAAGACCUAGAGUGCGAAGACUUAGUAACAUAUGAGUUCCAGUCAAAUACAAUUUCUCCAACAUGCUGCUAGCAUAACAAAGAUGGAACAAGCAAAAUUAUCAUUGGAUUACCAAUUCUUUAUAGAGAACUUAGAAUAUAAGGAGUUUUAAAUCAUGAAAUAGGAACACAUUUUCUCAGAAAGCACAAUGAAAGAUAAUAAGUAUGGUUCAAGCAAAGAAAGAAAUUUGGAUUAGAGCCUUCAUCUAAGGUUGAAGAGGGUUUGGCUUUAGUAAAUCAAAAAUAUGAUUUAGCGUUAAAUUAAUCUCAGAAGCCGUUUGUAUUUAAUGCUGCUUUACAUUAUUAUGCUUCUGUAAAAAGCAGUUAAAUGUCUUUUUCAGAACUGUUCAAUGACUUAGAAAAAUAUGUUAAAGAUCCCGACAAAAGAUGGAGAGAAUGCUUGAGGGUGAAAAGAGGUAUUUCUGAUACCUCUUAACAUUUAGGAAUGUAUAAAGAUCAGAUUUAUUUAAUUGGAAUCAGAAGAGUUUUAAAAUAUAGAAACAAAAUAGAUUUAGUUAAACUUCAUUCUGGAAAAAUAACUGUAAAAGAUUGUAUAAAAUUAACUGAAAAGAAUUUAAUUAACACUGAGAAGAUAAAAAUUCCAUAUUUCUUAAAAGAUAUUAAUUUAUACAAAAAAGCUUUAGAUAGAAUUGCUGAAGUUAACUUUAUGAGCGAUAUAACUGUGCUUUGA